GCCUCCCGCCGGGCGGAGCAGGGCGCUUCCUCCUCCCGAAGAGUCCCGCCGGGUCACGUGCUCGGCGCGGCUUUAGCCUCCGCCGCUCGCUCCGGGGUCUCAGAGCCGCCUCGCUGCUCCCCGUUCCUGUCCUGCCUCCCCGCUGCUAUAAAAGGAGGCGCCGAUGGCGACCACCAACCCAGUCAUCGUCAGCCUCUCGCAGCAUGGGCGGACCACCCACCCUGGCGCUGCUCAGCCUCACCCUGGCCCUGCUGCUCAGCCCGCCCGCCGAGGCGUGGUACAAGCAGGCGGCCGGCCCCAGCUACUACUCGGUGGGCAGAGCGUCGGGGCUUCUCUCUGGCAUCCGCCGCUCGCCUUACAUGCGCCGCUCCGAUGACAACAGCGUCGCGGACAGUAGUGCCGAGGACGGCCCCGCCGCAUCCUCUCUGGCGAUGUCCGACUCGCGGCAGAACCUCGGCGGGCUGCGCAACAUGGCAGUAUGUGUGAAGGAAGUGGCUCCAGAACUGCAAAGCUGCCAGCUACUGCCUGGUGUGCCCAGCACCAUUCAGUGCAACGCGGAUGUCACCGUCUCUUUGGACCCCACUGACUGUACUAUCCCAUGAGCCUUGAGCAGGUGACCUUCCCUGUAACUUCUAUGGAGGCACCGGGAGGUGGGACAGGCAGGCAAGAGAUGGAUUUACUCUGUGUGAAAGGUGGUUAGAUUUGGGGGUGGUGAGGAAUAUGGUUUUAUUUUUAUUUUUUCUGCAUCUGUUAAUAAAUGUGUUUUAAAAGGC